AUGCUGCUCCUCCAUCAGGUCGGCAGCGUCAAGCUCGGCGAGGUUGUCCGCUACACUGUCACAUACACCCCUUCUCAGGAUCGCAUUCUUCCCUCGCCGGAGAAGCUCCACGUCCGCAUUCGCAACACGUCUGCCAUCGCGCUUCGUGCCGCUUUCGUCCACGGGCCCUACAACCUUUGCGUCGCCGCCUACCCUGCUGCCUUUAACCCCAACGUCAAGUUCCAGAACCCCCGCCGCUAUGGCGUGCCCGAGUUUGAACCCAUGGUCAAGGCCGGCGGCUCCUGGCAGUGCGAGUUGGUCGUCCCCGAACAUAUCCGCCAGAGCGCUGGCACCGGCUCGCACGGCCACUUUGGUGCCGGCCCCGAUCACGAGGCCGAGAGCGCGUCUUGGAUCAUCGAGGUCUCCUCCCAGGUCAUCUUUUCCACCUCCGCCUCCGUAGGCUACGAGGUUGUCCUCGCCCGCGACGAGAAGUCCCUGAACCUGAACUCCCUGCCUGUCAUCGGCGGCCAGGCCAAGGCACCCCAGCCCGGUAAAGUCAGCGACCUCGUGCAUCACGAUCACACCAAGGACGGCCACCGCAGCGGGCCCCCCAAGGGCGUCUUCUCCAGGGCUAUCACGCUCAAGGUCGAAGACACGGCUACACUCUGGAACACCCCGAGGCUACCGGGCUGGGAUAAUGGCUCCAAAAUCCUCGAGCGCGGCAAGAUGCGGCCCCCAAAGGAAGAGGCUGCCGCAGCGGCCGCCGCCACCAGUAGCAGCAGCAGCACCACCACCAAUCACAAGAACACUGCGUCGCGAGUCGCUACCCCCGGACCCCCGCACAGCCCAUCCUCGAGCGCGAAGCUUCAUGGGAAGCCUAAGAAGGUGCACCUUGUGGUGCUCACCCACGGACUGCAUAGCAACCUCGGCGCCGACCUGCUGUAUCUGAAAGAGAGCAUUGACGCCACGGUACGACAGGCCAAAGUCGACGCCAAGGCGAGGCGUGCGAAGGACAGAGAAGCUCGCAGGGCCAAGGCGGCCGCAGCCAAGAGCGGUUCCGCCGAACACGAGGGCCAGAGUUCUGAUGUGCCGGAGACAUCCGCCGGUUCAGAAGACGACGACGAGGCUUCGGAAGACGAGGAAGACGAAGAGGUCAUCGUCCGCGGAUUCUCGGGCAAUGCUACUCGUACUGAGAGGGGCAUCAAGUUCUUGGGAAAGAGACUGGCUAGGUACAUUCUCUCGACCUGCUAUCCUGAUCAGCCCUUCUUGCCAUCUUUCAAGGGGGCCGCCGAAGUAGCUGCCAACAGCAUCAAGCCAGAUCAUGAGGGAAAGACGGCACAUAAGCACAGCUCAAUCCACAAGGAAGAGAUCCCACUUGCAGCACGGCCUUUUAAGAUCACCAGCAUCAGCUUCAUCGGGCACUCCCUCGGCGGCCUCAUCCAGACAUAUGCCGUAGCAUACGUUCAGAAGCACUCGCCCCGAUUUUUCGACCUCAUCAAGCCCAUCAACUUUGUCACGCUCGCCACGCCCUUCCUGGGUCUCAGCAACGAAAACCCUCUCUACGUCAAGUUCGCCCUCGACUUUGGCCUCGUCGGCAGAACGGGACAAGACCUGGGCCUCACUUGGCGGGCGCCGACCAUCGCAAGGAGCGGAUGGGGUGCCAUUGUCAGCAAUCUCGGCGAGAGCGCGCACAAGAAGGUCAUAGGAGAGAGCCGUCCCGAGUCGAAGCCAUUGCUGCGCAUCCUGCCUACAGGCCCCGCCCACACGGCGCUGAAGAAGUUCCGCAACCGGACUGUUUAUUCCAAUGUGGUCAACGAUGGCAUCGUACCUCUGAGAACAAGCUGCCUGUUGUUCCUCGACUGGCAAGGUCUAGGCCGUGUUGAGAAGGCGCGGCGCGACGCAGGUCUGGUUGAGACGUUGGUAGGCGCCGGCUGGGCUGAGCUUACGGGUGCCAACGUGGGCAGCGCGCGCCGCGAGGCGCGGCAGCUGCCUCCUGAAGACAAUGAUGAGGGAUCCGGGACGGCCACCCCCACAGCACCACAGAAUGCGGCUGAGGUUCCCCAGCCUGGUCAGAAUGCCAUCGUCGAAGAUGACAAUGCUAGCUUGCGAUCAGUACCGACGCCUUACCAGGACGAUGCCGAGACCACGGCACCCAAAUCUUCCGAGCCGUCUAAUAAUGGCAGUGGUCCCUUUGCUGGCUUCUUCAACUUCUUCAAGAGUCAUGACCCACCGGCACCGACAUCGCCAACGCUCUCUCCAAAACAGAACAAGAUUUACAGGCGGAGCCAGACAAUCAAGUUUGAUGAUUCCUCCACAACGUCUCAGUCUUCUGGGGCGUCCAAGGUGACGUCCGGGCAGGAGUUUGAGAACGACACAGAUGGGAUGAACGCCCCGCCCCGGACCACUUUCUUCGAGUCGGCUCACGACCUUAUCAACCCCACGCUGCCAUCCACGGAAUUUGUGGUCGACCCCUCCAAACGACCUCGCGCCAUCUUUCACGACCGUGUUUACCACCCUUCCGAUAUCCCGCCACCCCCUCUGAAGAAGAAAAGUUCGUCGGGUUCUCUCGUCAUCCGUAGGCGCAACACGGGCCACUCGACCGCAAGCACCGACACCAAAGAUCACGCCCCUUCGGUCGCCUCUUCGCUAGGAUCGUCCCCGCGCACUCCCAGCCAGGGCGUCGGCCGCGAAGAUUCGCUUCAGUCUACCAAGGACUAUGAUGACACGACCAACACGAACCCCAAUAAGGAUGAAGACCAAGAGAUCGACGGAUCACAGAUGCGUGUUGAAGAGAAGAUCGCCCGGGCCUACCACCGCGGCAUGGCCUGGCGCAAGGUCCUCGUCAAGCUCGAGCCCGAUGCUCAUAACAACAUUAUUGUGCGGCGCAUGUUCGCCAAUGCAUUUGGGUGGCCCGUUGUCAAGCACCUAGUCGACGCGCACUUUAGCGACUCGGCCACGGUGCGCAUGCGUGUUGAUGAGGAGGGCGGCGAGGAGCGUGCCUUUGACAUGGGACAACCCCCAGACCAAUACGGCGGCGAGGUCAAGCGGAGUAAUGGAAACGACGGCGCUGGCGGCACAAGCACUCACGAAAAGCCACCGCAUGAAGAGACGAGCGCUCAGCGAACAGCGCGGAAAGAGCAAGAAGGGCGAGAGGGGGAGAAUCUGGCACGCGAGGCCGAGGACAAGGUCACUGCAUUGCCUCGCAAGCCGGAGGCUUCAUCGCCUGUCGCAGCCACUGCGGAGGAAGCGUAUGCUCCGAAGCAGCGAGUGUCCCGAGCCGACUCGAUGACGUGGAGCGACGGCGACUGGGCCGACACAGAUGGUGAGAGCGAUGUGGGAACCGAGGCCGGCGGCCGCAGCCCGCGGCCCAUGACGCCCGACGGAAAGGGGAAGGAUGUGCACGGCAGCUGGAACUGGACGGAGAAGAUUGUUGGCAAGGGACCUGCUACCCGCUCGGCCUCAGGGCAGCAGCAGCACCUUCAGCCAUCUGCGCAGCCGCCACCGCUGCAUAUUCCAGCAAGGGGGAAGCCGGUGGAGGAGGUGACGCCGCAGGAGGUGAAGCCAGAGGAGGUGAAGUCAGAAGAGGGAAGGUCGCAAGAGUGA